UCAACUACACACUGACUGUUCUGCCUGAAAAUGAGCCCUUUUACCAUCUAGCAUCAGUGAUGGCGGUAACCGAUGCCUCUCCUCCAGUCUUUGACGCUGUCUGUUCUGAGUCUGGCAUCAGCUUUAAGCUGGACCACCGGCCUAUUCUCCCCUUGUGGGAGAUCAGUAUAGGCUCAGAGCUGCUGACAUCAGAGCUGGCAGCCAAGUACGGCUACAUCAUGAGCAACAAUAGCUCGAGACUGCUGCUCGAGGUGCCGCUCUUCACUCAUGGCUACAACUACAAGGACAUUAAUUUAAAGGACUUCGUUGGCACUUUUGAGCUCCUCAUGCGGAAUCAUGAAACGGAGGUCCAAAUUUCAACUGUCAAGACGUGUCGGUUCUCUGCUACUGAACUCAUUGUGUGUUCGGCUGAUGGCAGGAUAACUGUGGUGGCUGACUUGUCUCUGGCCAUCGCAAGUGAAGGAGUUCCUGCUAGAAUCCACCUGGUAGACAAAAACUGUAGACCCAAAGAGAUGGACGGCACCAGGGCUCUGUUCUCCUUUCCAAUCAACGGCUGUGGAUCCACCGUCAAGCUUGGCAAGGAGUCUGUGACUUACAAAAACGAGAUCUUCUUCAGCAAGGAGUUGAAUGUGCCAACUGACUCCAGCAAUGAUUUUGACAGGGUGACAAUCCAGUGUACAUAUGCUCUGGCUGGACUACUCUCAGUAUACAGGUUUCAGUCCGAUGCAGCUGGUGUUGGCCGUAUUGUGCGUUCUGCACGCUCCACUGAAGGUUGGUGGCUUACCUGUUGAACUGACACUUCAUUG